AUGAAUGCUUAUACUCUUGAUCCACCUAAAACGGAAUCUAAAACUGAAUAUGUACCAAUAUAUCCAAGUGCACCAGUGCUACAACCUGCAGCAGUACCUGUAACUGCAUCUGCACCUGUUUAUGUGCCUCCUUCUUAUCAAUAUUAUCCAUAUCAACAUUCUCCACCACGAACAGCCCAACCAAAUAUAAGCAAGAUUCAGGACUGGUUAGCUUGGUCUAUCAUUAAUUUAAUCCUUGGGAGUCUAAUACUUGGUAUUCUUCCUCUCAUAUUUUCUCUUAUUUGUCGAAGUAAAAAAGCAAAAAAUGACAUCAGUAGUGCUCGAAAAAUGAGCACAUUGGCAUUAGUGUUUAAUAUCAUAGUUACUACCGUGGGUAUACUUGUGGUGACUGCUGGUAUUAUUUAUUUACUUGUCUCUAGAAAAGUCAUCCGAUACCAUUAUUAUUAA